UUGACAGUUCAUAGAAUGAAAAGCCCUAUUUAUUUAUUUAUUAUUUUUAUUUAUAAUUUGAUGAAUCCUGAAUCCAUCCCAUCGAUCCAUUUAUCAUUUUUAUUCAGUAAUUUAGUAUUCAGUUAAUUUGUUAAUAAUUAUGGAAUUUAACAGUGAAAUUAAGGAAAAAUAUGACCAAAGAUGUAUACAUAGUCAGCUAUCCACAUCAACAGAUUUUGUAGACUUGAAGAAUGAACCACAAGAUAAUUCUGCUAUGGAAGUAAAAGUUGAAAUGAAGGAAGAGUGUGCUGAAAAUGACCAAGGAUAUGUUGAGAGUCUGCUAAUUACACCUCAAGAGCUUAGAGACUUAAAAAAUGAACCAGAAGAAGACCGCUCAGCUAUGGAAGUAAAAGUUGAAAUUAAGGAUGAGUUUGCUGAAGAUAAUCAAGAAUUUAUACAGAGUCAGCCAAUUACCCCAAUAGAUGUUAGAGACUUGAAGGAUGAACAAUAUAAAGAUAAUUUAGGUUUUCCUGACCAGAAGAACACUGUAGAAAUUUUGAAAAUGUCACCUGAACAUUCAUAUAGAAAACAACAAAUUAGUCUAGACACUGAAGAAUUAACGUUAAAACAAUCUAUUUGUUCUAAAAAUUUUAAUUACAAAAAUAAUUCAAAGAAACACAAAAAAGUUGGAACUAGAAAAGGAAUUUUUAAAUGUGAAAUUUGUGUUAAGCAAUUUACUAGAUCAGAUAGUUUAAAAAUUCAUUUGAGGGUGCACACUGGAGAAAAACCUUACAAGUGUGAAAUUUGUUUUAAGCAGUUUUCUCAGGGAGGUGGUUUUAAACAGCACAUGACAUUGCACACUGGAGAAAAACCUCACAAGUGUGAAGUUUGUUUUAAGAAGUUUACUAAAGCAGGUCAUUUGAAAAGGCAUUGUAUGAUACAUACUGGAGAAAAGCCUUAUAAGUGUGAAAUUUGUUUUAAGCAGUUUUCUCAGGCAGGUGCUUUGAAACAACAUAUGACAUUGCACACUGGAGAAAAACCGUACAAGUGUAAAAUUUGUUGUAAGAUGUUUAGCAAAGCACAUAAUUUGAAAAGACAUUUAAGAACUCAUACUGGAGAAAAACCAUACCAAUGUGAAUUUUGUUUGCAGCAGUUCAAUGAAGCAGGCAAUUUGAAAAGACAUUUGAUAGUGCACACUGGAGAAUACCCUUAUAAGUGUGAAAUUUGUUUGAAGCAAUGGGCCCAAUCAAGCGAUUUGAAAAAUCAUUUAAGGAUACACACUGGAGAAAAGCCUUACAAGUGUGAAAUUUGUUUAAAGCAAUUUAGUCAAGCAAGCAUUUUGAAAAAACAUUUAAGUAUGCACACUGGAGAAAAGCCUCACACAUGUGAAAUUUGUCUUAGGCCAUUUAGCACAACACACCAUUUGAAAGAACAUAUGAGAACUCAUUCUGGAGAAAAACCAUACAAGUGUGAAACUUGUUUGAAGCAGUUUAGUGAAGCAGGCACUUUGAAAAAACAUGUAAGAAUACACACCGGAGAAAAACCAUACCAGUGUGAAGUUUGUUCUAAGCAGUUUAGUUUAGCAUUCAGUUUGAAACAACAUGUAAGGAUACACACUGGGGAAAAACCUUUUGAGUGUCAAGUAUGUUUGCAUCAGUUUUCCCAGAGAGGAGCUUUGAAACGACAUAUGAAAUUACACACUAGAGAAAAACCUGAUUGUGACAUUUACUGUUAAUAGUGCAGCACACUGGAGAAAAGCCUUACAAGUGUGAAAUUUGUUUUAAGUUGUUUACUGAAGCAAGUAAUUUGAAAAGACAUGUAAGUGCACACAUAUGGAAAAACCUUAAGGUACUUCUUCUUCUUGUGCCACUCCUAUCGGAGAUUGGAAAUCAUCAAGGCUAUCCUGACCUUGUUUACAGCCGGCCCAUAAAAUUCAUUAGUGAAGCCGCCAAACCACUCUCUUAAAUUCCGCAACCAUUACAUUCUUCUACGGCCUGGAUUCCGUUUCCUUCUAUUUUUCCUUGCAUUAUAUUUUGAAGUAAUGCGUAUUUAUAUCCUCUCAUCAGGUGACCCAAAUAUUCGAGUUUUCUUCGUUUUAUUAACAAAAUUUCUGGGUAUUUUCCUAUCCUUAGUAUUACUUCAAGGUUUGUGACUCUUUCAACCCAAAUUAUCUUCAGCAUUCGACGGUAGCACCACAUCUCGAAACUUUUUAUAUUGUUCUGUUUGAGAGUCCAUGCCUCUACACCAAAUAAUAGCGUGUUAAAUACGUAGCCUCUUAGCAUUCUUAAUCGUAGAGGGAUGCUUAUAUCUCUUCUGCAGAAGAAUUUUCUCAUCUGUAUGAAGGUGGCCCUGGCAAUUUCGAUACGUCUUUUUAUUUCAUUGUUUUGAAGAAAAAAACAAAAAACGAAUAAAGUCCUUUAUAAAAGGUAUAUAUUUAAAAAUCCCUAGAAAGGGCUACAUCACAGAACUAGUUUUCGAUUGGAUGACCAAUCAUCAUCAGUGCUUACGUGAUCUAACAUGCUAACCACCAAAAUACAAUAUAAAAAUAUAUGGGUAAAACCCUUUAAAAGUAAUCCGUCAAGGAAACAGAUGAAAUAUGCGAACUUAAACAUGGAUGUUCAAAAUAUUCCAUGUACUAUGCUCUAGGUACCAUCUGGGCUCUAAUUCGACUUGUUCACAUGUUGACAGUAUGGUCUGAGCUCUAAUUCGACUUGUUCACAUGUUGACAGUAUGGUAGCAAGUCAUACUAUACUGUCAAUAUGUGAACAAGUCGAAUUAGAGCUCAGAUGGUACCUGAAGCAUAUUACUUGGAAUAUUUUGAAAAUCCAAAUUUUAGUUCGCAUAUUUCAUCUAUGUUUCCUUGACGGAUUACUUAGGUUUUUGUUUUUGCCCAUAUAUUUUUAUAAUAUUGUAUUUUGGUGGUUAGCAUGUUAGAUCACGUAAGCACUGAUGAUGAUUGGUCAUUAAAUCGAAAACUAGUUCUGUGAUGUAGCUCUUUUUAGGGAUUUUUAAAUAUAUACCUUUUAUAAAGGAUUUUAUUCGUUUUUGUAUUAUAUGGUAUACAGCCAACUACAGGAAAACUUUUUCCUUGUGGAUCGUUGUUUUGGUCUCCAGUUUUGUUUAUUAAAGUUCCCAAGUAUUUGUAACUUGAUACUUUUUCAAGUAAGGUAAGGUAACUUAAAACUAGUACACUUUAAAAAAUGUUAUUUCUUUCUUUCUCCCCUUCCUUUUAACAUUUGCGACGUCAGAUUUGGGUUUAGUUGGUUACGUUACUUAUUCACUCAUCUCUUCCAUUCUUUCGUGUCUUGUGCCAAUAUUUUCAUUUUUUCAAGGGUUUCCCUAUUAGUCCUUAUCGCCUCUACAAUUUGUUGUAUCCAUUUUUCCUUGGUCUGCCUCUUUUCUUUUUUGGUAUAUAUCCCUUGUUUCAUGGAUUUUUCUUGUUAAUAUAGUGGGAUGUAUUCUCAUCACGCGCUCAUACCAGUUCAAUUGUCUCUUUAUUUUAUUCAUUAUUGGUUCCUGUCCGGUCAUUCCUCUUAUUGUCUCAUUUCUUAUUCUGUCCCAUUUUGUCUUUCCAGCCAUUGCUCGCAGAGGCCUCACUCCAUUGCGUUUAUUCUACUACGAUGUUUUUUCUGCACUGUCCAAUUUUCGCUCGCGUAUAGUAACGUGGGUAUGACUGCUGUAUUGUAUAUCUUCAUUUUUGUCUCUUGGGUCAAUUCUCUUUUCCUUAGGAUUGGAGCUAGUGCGUAGUAUAGUUUUUUCGAUUUGUUUGCUCUGUUUGAUAUUUCUAGGUCUACUUAACCAUCAUUGGUUAUCAUACUUCCUAGGUACUCAUAUGCUGUAUCUAUUUCUAUCUGAGUAUUUUUGCAUUUUAUAUGUACAGAUUUCGUUAGUUUCAGUUUCGCCGAUAAUCAUUAUUUUACUUUUCUCCGCGUUGAAUUUCAUUUUUAGCUUUUCAAUUUCUUCCGCCCAAAUAUUUAAUAAGUUUUUGCAUUUUGGUCACUGAAUCUGCUAUGAACACUAUGUCAUCAGGAUACAUUAGUGCUUCCAUUUUUACUGAUUGCAAUCUAUGGUGUCCUUUUGUUGUUUGUAUUUGGUGGGUUCUGAUGCACUGGCUUUUCUAAUUAGUUCAUUCAUGACUUAUAAAUAACAGCGGGCUAAGACUAUCCCCUUGUUUAAUACCUUUUUUCCAACUAAAUUCUUCAGAUCUUUCCCCUGCUAUUUGUACUCAUCCUCCUACUACUGUGUAAAUACUUUUAAUUAUUUUUAUCAAUCUAUUUGGGGCUUUCAUUUUCCUAAGGCUUUUCCAUAUAAUAUUUCUAUCAAUAGAGUCGAACGCUGAUCGAAGAUCUAUGAAUGUCAGUAAAAACUUUCCACCAGUAUCCAUGAUUUUUUCUAAUAGGUUUCUAAUGAUGUAUAUGUUAUAGUCAAAGCCCGAAUUUCAGGCACUCCUAGGUUUGACUAUGCAAACCUCGGGUCUGACUGACGGUCUUAGUCAAAGGUCGAAAUUUAAUUUUAUGAAAUCGGGGUUUGACUAGUCAAACCCCGAUUAGCUAUUAAAAUGUCGUAAUUUGUUAGAUUAGGUUUAAUAAAACGUCAUUUUUUAAUUUUAAUGUUUAUUAUUUUUAUAUUUCGUAAUUAAAAUAAAAAAUAUUAAUGUUUAUUCUCACAUGUUGAGACAUUAUUGCAUUUAGAGUUGCACAAUACGUUAGACCUUUUACACUUACAUAAUUUUGAAUACCAUUUCUUAUUGCAGUAGCAUUUUAUAAAGCCUUGUCCUCCAAAUUUAGAAUCUUUUGUACUAAUUUUUCUUAGAGACAGCUUAACGUCUGGAACAUCUUCGAAAUUAAGAAAAUUCUCUUUCUGAUUUCUUGAAAAAAGUGUGUUUAUGGCUCCGUAUUUCGUACAAACUAUAUAAACCGUCAAUUGUUUUAUCUUGUAUGAUACCCAAAAUAUUUCGAGCAUCUCCUUUGGCUCUAUCAAAGCUGGGGAUAAGUAUUGCUACAGUUUUUCCGAUCAAAAUUGGAGGAAUUUUUUUUCACUUAAUUGUUUCAUAGCGUUAGCCUGGGCAUGAAGACCUUCAGUCGUCUUUCCUUUAUUUAUUUUAAUCUUUUCUGUCUGUGCGCAACGCAUGCAUGUAACUUUUCUUUCAAAACCUUCAUAGUAUGCACCAAGUGUGCUGUCAGCGCACACAACAUGUACCACCUGAUUACAAAUUAUGCACGUAUGUACGUCAGAGCUCUCUUUUUGGCAAAUACAACAAACCAAAUCUGAAGAAGUAAUCUGAAUUGUUUGACAAUUUUCUUCCUCUCCUAGUUAGACGUUAAGCUGUCUUUGAAAUUAGUACAAAAGAUUCUAAAUUUGGAGGAUAUAGCUUUAUAAAAUGCUACUGCAAUAAGAAAUGUUCUUCAAAAUUAUGUAAGUGUAAAAGGUCUAACGUAUUUUGCAACUCUAAAUACCAUAAUGCCUCAACAUGUGAGAAUAAACACUAAUUAGUCCAAGUAAUGAAGCUUAAAAUAGGACAAAACCUCGCAAAUUUUACAGAAUGGAUAGAUUUGCUUGAAAAUUUGAGAAUUAGUGGAUAGUCCAAGGAUCAAAAUCAUCUCGGGAGUGGAAAUUUUGUAUUAUAUUUUGACUGCAAAAGUUGAUAAAAACAUUCAUUCUAAGCAAAAAACGUUCUAUACAUUUUUUUAUAAAAUUAAUAGUUCUCGAUUUAUUCGCUAUCGAAAGUGUUAGUUUUAUAUCGAAAAAAUCAAUGUUUUUAAUAAGUUUUCUGUUAAUAACUCCUAAAGUUUUCGUUUUAUCAAAACAACUUUACUUAACAAAAAUGUACCUUUUAAAAAAAUAAACAAAACUGUUUUUUAAAUUUUCUUUCAAGACCCAUAGUAAUCGAGCUAUACUUUAAUAUAUGUUAGCUCUUCUUCGUCAAAUGCUGAAUAUUGUAGUUUUAAAGUCAAAAGACAAGAAAACUAUGCAUUUUUCGAGGAUAACUUGUUCAAACUAAUUUAAAGUAUUGAAAAAUAUCUAUCUAAAGAAAUAAAAAAGUCUAGCUCAAAAAUUAAGUGACUUAUAAUGAAAACAAUGUCAGUCCCUAUUUUUUCCAGCGAAAAUGUGACCGGAAGCAACCUCCUAAUCACCACCCUAAUUAAAAUUAUUCAUUGACCUUAUUUGGUGUUCUGUAUUUAUGUAUUAUUAAUAGCUUCUAGAAGUUUGACCGGCUUAGAAUGAUUAGUUUAAAAAAAAUGGAGUUAAAAGUGAAAAACGAAUUUUUGUAGUUUGGAAAAAAUGGCCUUUUCUUCAGAAUAGAAAGAUUAGCAUCAGAGAUACGAAAAAAUGUUUAAGUAUGAAAUUGUAGCUUAUUUAAUUCCGAAGAACCUGGUUUGCAAAAAUUUUUUCUACUGCAAGAAUUGAGUGAGCUAUUGACAAUUAAAACUCGUAAUAACCUGCAAAAACCACUUUUACCAACCCUUUCAAAGUCAACUCUUUUUGCGACUGAGGAUACUAAAAAGAUUUAAUAUUAAUAGGCUUAUAGAUUUUGUAAAAACCUACAAAAUUCUUCUUUGCCAAACUUUCUAAGAUAAAAAAUAAAAAAAGUUACGGUUAAAAAAUCAAUAUAUUUUUUUGAAAAAAAAAAGGAGAAAUCCAAUUAGAAGCAUAAUAAUGUACGUUAGCAGUGUUUUUAGUGAUUGGCCUUAUCCAUUCUUCUUUAUUUAUGUAUUAUUAAUAGAUUCUAGAAGUUUGACUGGCUUAGGAUGAUUAGUUUUAAAAACACUGGAGUUAAAAGCGAAUUACGAAUUUUUGUGGUUUGGUAAAAAAUACCAUUUUCUUCAGAACAGAAAGAUUAGCAUCAGAGAUACGAAAAAAUGUUUAAAUAUGAAAUUGCAGGUUAUUUAAUUCCCAAGAACUUGGUUUGAAAAAAAUUUUUUCUACGCCAAAAAUUGAGUGAAUCGUAAAUCAGUAUAUCGAAAAACAUUGAUUUUUUCAAUAUAACACUUUCGAUAGCGAAUAAAUCGAAAACUAUUAAUUUUGUCAAAAAAAUGUAUAGAACAUGUUUUGCUUAGAAUGAAUGUUUUUGUCAACUUUUGCGGUCAAAAUAUAAUAAAAAAUUUCCACCCCCGAGAUGGGGUGGUAACCACCCCCAUGGUAAAAGCGCCUUUCGGCAUCAUAUAGAUUUUGAUCCUUGGACUAUCCACUACUUAUUCUCAUAUUUUCAAGCAAAUCUAUCCAUUCUGUAAAAUUUGCGAGGUGAAAAGCUUCGGUUCCUGGACUAAAUUUUUUUAUUUUAAUUGCCACAAUAUAAAAAUAAUAAACAUUAAAAUUAAAAAGUGACGUUUUAUUAAAUAUAAUCUUACAAAUUACGACAUCAUAAUAGCUAAUUUUGACUAGUCAAACCCCGAUUUAAUAAAAUUAAAUUUCGACCUUUGCCUGACCAACUUAAUCUCUCCUAGGUUUGACUAGUCAAAGGCCGAAACUGUAAUUUAUUUCGGGCUUUGACUAAGACCGUCAGUCAGACCUGAGGAUUGCCUAAUCAAACCUAGGAGUGCCUGAAAUUCGGGCUUUGACUGUAACAUAUAUAUUAUCAUUUGUCUGUCGUUCUGGUCUAAACACUGCUUGUUCUUCGCCCAGUUCCUUUUCUACCUCUUGUCUUAGUCUCUUCUCUACUAUUUUCGUGUAUAUUUUAAAGCAUACUGGUGACAAACAUAUUGCUCUAUAGUUUCGCAGUUGACAUGUUCCCCUUUUUUGUAUAUUGACACUAUUAGGUUAUUUUGCCAAUAUUUUGGUAUUUGUUGCUUUUUCCAUGCCUCUUUAUAUAUUGUCCAUAACCAGUUUAUCCCCUCCUCGCCCAUGUAUUUCACCAUUUCCGGGUCUAUGUUGUCCCCUCCAGUUUUGCUUAUUUUUGUUUUUGAUAGUUCUUGCAUUACUUCUUCUCUACUUAUUUUCUCUAGUUCUUUCUCUCCUCAUCUUGAUAUGUUUGGUUUCGCUGGCUAUUGUUUCAUUUCUAAAUUUAUUUUCAUAGUAUUCUUUCCAUACUUUAACUACUGUUCCGCAUUUGUCUGUAUUUCUUGUGUCCCUUACUGAUGUUAUUUCUUUCCGUUUUCCUUUCUUCAACUUUCUGAUUGUCGUCCAAAAUCUUCUAUUUGUUAUAUAUGUUUUCCUGUAAUUUUUCUCCAAAUUCUCCAUGCGUCUUUGCUUAUCUUCGCUUUACUGUGCUUUUUACUAACUGUAUGUACCUUUUAUAUUCUUCUUUAUCUUCUUCUAGCCCUGUUUCAAUGUAUUUUUUCCAAGCUGUUUUCUUGUUCACUGCUGUUUUAACUUAGUUGUUCCACCACCUGGUCCUUUUAAGAUUUUUGUUAUAUUUCCUGAUUCCACAUAAUUCUAUUGAUGUAUUCUUUAUUACUUUUUUGAAGACGUUCCAUCUUUCUUCCAAUGUCCAAGUUUCUUUUUGCUCCUCUUUUUGUCUUAAUUUUCUAUUUGUUUUGUAAAGUUCUCGGACCUUUUCUGAUUUAAAUUUGUUUACUUUUACUCUUUUGUAAUCCUUUCUUUCCAUCUCCUCUAUUUUUUCAUCCUCCAGUUUUGAAGCAGUUUAGUCCAGCAAUCAUUUUGAAAAAACAUUUGAGUAUGCACACGGGAGAAAAGCCUCACACGUGUAAAAUUUGUUUUAGACCAUUUAGCACAACAUCAUUUGAAAGAACAUAUAGAACUCAUACACAUUUAUGUGAAAAAAACCACAUAAAUGUGAAAUUUGUUUGAAGCAGUUUAGUGAAGCAGGCACUUUGAAAAAAUAUGUAAUAAUACACACAGGAGAAAAACCAUACAAGUGUGAAGUUUGUUUUAUAAGCAGUUUAGUUUAGCAUAUAGUUUGAAACAACAUGUAAGAAUACACACUGGGGAAAAACCUUUUGAGUGUCAAAUAUGUUUGAAUCAGUUUUCCCAGAGACGAGCUUUGAAACGACAUAUGAAAUUACACACUGGAGAAAAACCUUAUAAGUGUGACGUUUAAUGUAGAGAGUGCUUUGGAAACUCAUUUGAGAGUACACACUGGAGAAAAGCCUUACAAGUGUGAAAUUUGUUUUAAGAAGUUUACUGAAGCAAGUAAUUUGAAAAUACAUAUCGUCGCCUCAGAGCAACAGUAGGAUAUUUUGUGUGAUAUCCAUGUUAUAUGAUUCGAAAAAAACCCUUCUGUUGAGUGUAACACUAAGAUAAAUAAAAAGUGAAAUACUUCUUUCACAGUAUUACACAUCCUUGGUAUUGCAUUAUUAUUUACGACUGCGUAAUGGAGUACUUCCCUCUCACCGAAAUUGUAAAAAGUCUAAAUUAGACGCAUACAGUGUCAGUAGUACACGAGCAGUUAUCAUGAGAGUAGCAUUCGUAGAUACGUAUUCAGGGAUUCGAUGUGGACGGGUGGUUUGUUCCCAAAGAACUUGCCAUCGAAAUAGAACGAAGUCAUUACAUCUUUUUACCUCCGAAACCAUUCAAUGUGCUAAGUAAUGAGGAUAAGAAGACUGCAUUAUGCGUGGAGAAAAAACUGCUUGGCAUUCGAUAUCCUGAUGGAGCAGUAGAAUUGUCCAAAAUAAAUGAAAUACCAGAAACCAAGUUGUUGUAUGCAGCCGAUUAUAUCUACGUUCGAUGAGAAUAACAAGCAGAAUUUUUAAGCAAGAACUGUCACAUUUUUUGAGUUUUUCCGGGUAUUAUUGAUGUUUGCAAGUUUGCUCGCACGCCUCUUGCUACUGGAAACGUUGGUCCUGCUACAAACCCCUGUCACGCCGUUGGACUAUUUUCAUGUACUGAAAGAAACGUGGAUCGUCUACGUCACUGGUUUUCUUAUACAAUGAUGGCAUUGUAAUUUUUCUAUGUAUAAAUAAAUAUUUUUAUAGAGAUA